CGGACGCCCGGUGUGUGCCUCACUGACGGAGACUUGACACAUCUGCUCGCAGGCUCUUAGAAAUAAAAGUGCGCUACAGUGAGUAUAUAUUUGAUAGUAUAUAUUUUAUCCCCACAUUCCCUCAAGGGUGGUGUUAUUCCACGCCUGCACGGUGCUCCGACCCCCCCGGCUGUAGUCCCGCCGCCCCCACCUGCAAGUGGACCUUGUCGAGGCGGUGGCCGUGCAGGAGAAGCUUUUUUGUGUGUGUGUGUGUGCAGCAGCAGCAUGUCGAGCACCGGCGGAUUUUUGAACAACUUGGGCUCCGACAGCCCCUCCAGGCCCCGCCAGCAGUUCUGCGGGAUGUUCUGCCCGGUGGAGGGCUCCUUGCUGGACGGCAAGACUUUGGACUUGGACGCGCUGUCGGCGUGCAGGGGCAAGCGGGACAGUCGAGUCAUCGACCAGCCCAAGAAGGUGGAGAUCCGGGAGAGCACCGGCAAGGAGGCCCUGCAGAACCUGGGGGACUACAAGAGUGACCGUCUCCUGAUCAAAGGAGCAAAGAUCGUCAACGAUGACCAGUCUUUCUGCGCCGACAUUUACAUGGAGGAUGGAGUCAUCAAACAAAUUGGGGAAAAUCUCAUUGUGCCUGGCGGCGUCAAAAUCAUCGACGCCCACGGUCGCAUGUUGAUGCCAGGCGGGAUCGACGUCCACACCCGCUUCCAGAUGCCGGAUCGAGGCAUGACAUCUGCUGAUGACUUCUACCAAGGAACCAAAGCAGCGCUGGCAGGAGGCACCACCAUGAUCAUCGACCAUGUGGUACCCGAGCCUGGCGUCAGUCUCAUCUCGGCAUUUGAACAGUGGCGGGACGGGCUGGACAGCAAGUCAUGCUGCGACUAUUCCUUGCAUGUGGACAUCACCGAGUGGCACAAAGGCAUGCAGGAGGAGAUGGAGGCGCUCGUCAAGGAUCACGGUGUCAACUCUUUCCUGGUGUAUCUGGCUUAUAAGGAUCUUUUCCAGCUAACUGACACUCAGGUGUACGAAGUGUUUAGUGUGAUCCGUGAUCUCGGCGCAAUCGCUCAGGUGCAUGCUGAAAAUGGAGAUAUUGUCGCUGAGGAGCAGCGUCGGAUGCUGGAACAAGGCAUCACUGGUCCCGAGGGACACGUGUUGAGCCGACCUGAGGAGGUGGAGGCUGAGGCUGUAAACCGCUCUGUGACGGUGGCCAAUCAAACCAACUGCCCCCUGUACAUCACCAAGGUGAUGAGCAAGAGUGCUGCUGAUGUCAUCGCUCAAGCCAGGAAGAAGGGCACUGUGGUCUACGGAGAACCAAUCACUGCGAGCCUGGGAACAGAUGGCUCCCACUACUGGAGCAAAAACUGGGCCAAGGCAGCAGCUUACAUCACAUCCCCUCCGCUGAGCCCUGACCCAACCACACCAGACUAUCUCAACUCUCUGCUCUCCUGUGGCGAUCUGCAGGUGACAGGAAGUGCACAUUGUCCCUUUGACACCGCUCAACGUGCUGUGGGCAAAGACGACUUCAGCUUGAUUCCCGAAGGCGUCAACGGGGCAGAGGAGAGAAUGUCCAUUAUCUGGGACAAAUGCGUGGUGACUGGCAAAAUGGACGAAAACCAGUUUGUGGCGGUGACCAGCACUAACGCGGCAAAGAUCUUCAACCUGUAUCCCCGCAAGGGUCGUAUUGCUGUGGGCUCUGACGCCGAUCUGGUGCUGUGGGACCCUGACGUCAUAAAGAUCAUCUCUGCUAAGACCCACAACUCGACUGUGGAGUACAACAUCUUUGAAGGAACAGAAGUGCGUGGUGGGCCUCUGGUGGUGAUCAGCCAAGGCAAGAUCGUCUUGGAGGAAGGAAACCUCCACACCACGGAAGGCUCGGGACGCUUCGUGGCCCGCAAGCCUUUCCCUGACUACGUCUACAAGAGGAUAAAGGCCCGCAGCAGGCUGGCUGAGCUGAGGGGCGUACCGAGAGGAUUGUAUGACGGUCCAGUUUGUGAGGUAUCGGUCACCCCUAAAGCCAUGACGCCCGCCUCCUCUGCCAAGACAUCACCUGCAAAGCAGCCAAACCAGCCUCUCCGUAACCUGCAUCAGUCUGGCUUCAGCCUUUCCGGCGCUCAGGUGGACGACAACAUCCCACGCAGGAACACCCAGCGCAUUGUGGCGCCCCCCGGUGGCAAGACUAACAUCACCAGCCUGGGUUAGAGCGUCACCCUCUGGCGGCUGCGAGGAGGAGAAAGUGACGCGGUUGUGAGUAAAGGACGCCCGACAAGUUCUGAGGGUUCUACGCCGCCGACACCUCCCGACAACUGAUUGGGUCUUUCUUCAGCCGUGAUCUUUAACUCCUUCCCCUCUUGUUUUUUUUUGUUUUUUUUUGUUCCACAUUCCCACUCUCCUUUCCCCUUCAAACAAAAAAAAGCUCUGCCUCACAUGAUGAAAAACACUCUUUAUUUGUGCACUUUUUUUUUUGAUACUUUUCUUCCACCCUGGACUGAUUGAAAUGUAUUCUUUUCCAUCCAAUGGCUAAUUCACCAAGAGGGCAGCCGUCAGGUUUCUCCUCUCAUUUUUAAGAGUAAAAGCAUAUAUCCUGAAACGUCUGUCCGACGGAGCUCGACAAGGCAUUCCAAGCAGGAAGGAAGGUUAACGAAGGGAAAUAAAAACGCCUUAUUGUCGCUCCGGAUAAACAAUUCCACCUGUGUCACCAAACAGUGCAUUUCACACAGAAUGUUUCGUUCCAUGAUUCUUUUAUUCCCGCUCUUGAUGUGCCUAAAGCCACAGAAGGCGUCUGCAUAGUCUUCUUAAAGCGAAGGAUGUAAGAUAGCCAGGAUAAACCGAUUCAAAGGUGCCAGAUUUUGUGCUUUCGUUUUGGGCCUGCUGUGCCCCUGUAAAGAUGGAAGAAGAGGGAAAAAAAAAAAGAAAUAGCUCACUUUUUUGUUGUCUAAUUAGUGUCAACUUGUGACUUGCUUGCAGAACGGCUGAGCAGAUGUUGUUUUUGCGCUUUUAAACGAGGCGGCGAGCUGAUGUUGUGUAGCGUGCGUGUGACGUUGGAGGGAUGGGGCGCGUGCAGAACUUCCUACAUACGAUCCGGUUGCUAUGACGCCAAGCCGGCCCUCGGACUCCGCCUUGCGUAAGUAGCGCGUUGUACGAAGAAGCUGUUCCCACACACACUCCAAAAGUUCCGAAGAAAACCAAAGUAAUGUUUCCCAAUUCAUCCAAACAUAUUACCACACAACACAUUCCAAAUAAUACUUUGUUUUUCACGCGGAAAACUACAAACCCUGUUUCCAUAUGAGUUGGGAUGUUGUGUUUGAUGUAAAUAUAAACGGAAUACAAUGAUUUGCAAAUCCUUUUCAACCCAUAUUCAGUUGAAUAUGCUACAAAGACAACAUAUUUGAUGUUCAAACUGAUAAAUAUUUUUUUUGCAAACAAUCAUUAACUUUAGAAUUUAAUGCCAGCAACACGUGACAAAGAAGUUGGGAAAAGUGGCAAUAAAUACUGAUAAAGUUGAGGAAUGCUCAUCAAACACUUAUUUGGAACAUCUUACAGGUGUGCAGGCUAAUUGGGAACAGGUGGGUGCCAUGAUUGGGUAUAAAAACAGCUUCCCAAAAAAAUGCUCAGUCUUUCACAAGAAAGGAUGGGGUGAGGUACACCCCUUUGUCCACAACUGCGUGAGCAAAUAGUCAAACAGUUUAAGAACAACCUUUCUCAAAGUAAUUGCAAGAAAUUUAGGGAUUUCAACAUCUACGGUCCGUAAUAUCAUCAAAAGGUUCAGAGAACCUGGAGAAAUCACUCCAACAUUGAAUGAUCGUGACCGUUCGAUCCCUCAGAUGGCACUGUAUCAAAAAGCGACAUCAAUCCCUAAAGGAUAUCACCACAUGGGCUCAGGAACACUUCAGAAAAACCCUGUCACUAAAUACAGUCUGUCGCUACGUCUGUCAGUGCAAGUUAAAGCUUUACUAUGCAAAGCGAAAGCUAUUUAUCAACAACAUCCAGAAGCGCCCCCGGCUUCUCUGGGCCCAAGAUCAUCUAAGAUGGACUGAUGAAAGAUAGAAAAGUGUUCUGUGGUCUGAUGAGUCCACAUUUCAAAUUGUGUUUGGAAAUAUUCGACAUCGUGUCAUCCGGACCAAAGAGGAAGAAAACUAUCCAGACUGUUAUCAAGGCAAAGUUCAAAAGCCAGCAUCUGUGAUGGUAUGGGGGUGCAUUAGUGCCCAAGGCAUGGGUAACUUACACAUCUGUGAAGGCACCAUUACUGCUGAAAGGUACAUACAGGUUUUGGAAAGACAUAUGCUGCCAUCUAAUCGCCGUCUUUUUCAUGGACGCCCCUGCUUAUUUCAGCAAGACAAUGCCCAGCCACAUUCAGCACGUGUUACAACAGCGUGGAUUUGUAAAAAAAGAGUGCGGGUACUUUCCUGGCCCGCCUGCAGUCCAGACCUGUCUCCCAUCGAAAAUGUGUGGCGCAUUAUGAAGCAUAAAAUACGACAGUUGAACGACUGAAGCUCUACAUAAAACAAGAAUGUGAAAGAAUUCCACUUUCAAAGCUUCAACAAUUAGUUUCCUCAGUUCCCAAACGUUUAUUGAGUGUCGUUAAAAGAAAAGGUGAUGUAACACAGUGGUGAACAUGCCCUUUCCCAACUACUUUGGCACGUGUUGCAGCCAUGAAAUUCUAAGUUAAUUAUUAUUUGCAAAAAAAACAUUUUUUUAUGAGUCUGAACAUCAAAUAUCUUGUCUUUGUAGCAUAUUCAACUGAAUAUGGGUUGAAAAGGAUUUGCAAAUCAUUGUAUUCCGUUUAUAUUUACAUCUAACACAAUUUCCCAACUCAUAUAGAAACUAGGGUUUGCAUUACACCUUUACCUUUAUUAAAGACUGUUAAUAGUGCUUCUCACCUUCACGACCAAAGUGCUGUCACUCGCAACUUUCUUUGGCCCCAUGUUGGCUUAUUUAACCGUGACCGCACUCACUUAAGCUGGCGUUCCAUGCCCGCGAUGUGUCACUGAGGCGUCGAAAAAUGGCCCCGCCUGUUUGUGUGCGUUUCCAUGGUGACAGCCAAAGUACCAAUAACCAGAGUGUCGGACCCCACGUAUUCCUCCCUUCUUUCCUUUCAUUGUUUCAAGCUGUUGCUAUGGCGACGGCGCUCUCUACAUACAAGCUGCUGCUUGUGUUUGUCAUAGCCCCACGUACACACUAAACAACACUGGUUUUGGAGCGUGUGUGUGUGUGUGUGUGUGUGUGUGUGAGUGUAUGUGUGUGUGUCAUCCCUCCUCCAACUCACAAUCACACCCACACAACUGUCAGCCUGAGUGCUUCUACUAUGCCACGUUAUGCUAAUCAUAUACGAAUGAGCCGUGUGUUAGACCGGGAGGACACCGCCUUGCUCCUAAACCCCACCAGUACCCCCCCCCCCCCCCCUGCCCCCCACCCCCCUCCAUCAGCCUUUGCCCCCCCAUUGUGAAAGUAAAACAGUGUGAUGGUAUUUGUGGGGAUGCUUGCUCAAUUAUGGGAACAAAAUAGUGUCAAAUACAACGAAUUGUAAAAUGAAAAAAUGAAGAAAAAAAAGUAAGACUAAAUUACACCAAGGACUUCAAAUAAAAAAAAAAUCAAAACGUG